AUGGCAGCGUUCAUGAGAGUCACAGACGAACAGGUGCGUCGAAAUUUACGCAGACAACGCGUGUUCCGGGACAGACAGAAUCCACUUGAUGCAUAUGACGACAUCGAUAUUAUCCAUCGUUACCGGUUGGACAGAAUGACCAUCAUUAGUAUCAUUGACAUAGUUCAAGAUCGUCUAGAGAGACCAACAAAAAGAUCUGCGAGUCUUCCAGCCUCUUUGCAAGUGUUUGCGACUUUGAGAUUCCUUGCUUCUGGCUCCCAGCAGAGAGUGAUUGGAGACACUCUGGGAAUAUCCAAGGCAUCUGUUUGCAGGUCUAUAGACGAUGUUAUCAAUAUCUUGUGUCGGACAAUGACCAACAUCAAGUUUCCGACUGGUGAUGCCGAGACAACAAGGACGAAGGUUGGUUUUCAUGCAAUUGCUGGUUUCCCUAAUGUCCUUGGCGCCAUCGACGGGACUCACAUACCCAUCACGGCACCUACAACAGAUGAACAUUUGUACGUGUGCAGAAAGGGAUAUCAUUCCAUCAACGUCCAGGCCAUAGCUGAUUGUGAUAUGUAG